UCUCUCUGCGGAUCGGGGGCUUCGGGAACCCCGGGGAAGAGGCUGAGGGCGCUCCACGCUCGGAGACGAGCCCCAUGUGGGCACAGCAGCGCGCAUGGCCGGCGCCCGGCAGGGGGCAGUGAAACGCUCAGCGCCAGAGAUACCACAGAGCUCUUGGGAAUCCAGUUUAGCCAUGGAUCUGGAGAAGUCCUCAGUCUGGGGAUCAUUCAAACAAAGAACAAAGCCUUGGCUACACAACCUGAACAUCCGAAGGACCAAGAAAAGCUCUGUCAAAUUCUUGGAAAGGAGGCCACGGCAUCCCUACAACCGGUGCCUUAGUUCUUCCGAGCCUGACUUGUUGAACGUUGACAUGGUUGUCCAAGAAGAAACCAACUAUUCGCGAUCCAAAGCUGUGUCUGCUUACUUCCCGAGUGGCUUUACCUCAACGGACUUGUUCCUUCAGAACAGCAGGAGGUCUUCCUUCCAACAGAGUGGGGAGGAAGGGCAGUUGAACCAGCAGGAGAAAGUGCAGGUAGAGAUUCGGGUUAAAGGAACAGAGGCACCAGUUGGUGGCCUGGACUCAGAAGCGAAGCAGAGGUCCAGUGAAGAUCUGGUGGAGCUGCUACACCGGAGCAGUUUCAGCAGUGACCUCGCAGAAGAUGCGCUUGAGCGUUCCAGCAGCGGUUCCAACCUCGACUCGUCGUGUUCAUCGCAGCUCUUUGACGAGCAGCCUGCAUCUGAGGAAGGAAGUGAUUGUUUGAGUAAAUUGCCAGCUCAAUUUGCAUAUCUGUUAAUGAUACAUCUGAAAGAAGGCAGAAACUUGGUCAUCAGAGAUCGUUGUGGUACGAGUGAUCCAUAUGUGAAGUUUAAACUGAAUGGGAAAACCCUUUACAAAAGCAAGGUCAUCUCUAAGAACCUGAAUCCCAUCUGGGAUGAAACGGUUGUGCUGCCGAUACAAGCGAUUGAUCAGAAACUCCGAGUGAAGGUGUAUGAUCGAGAUUUAACCUCUUCGGAUUUCAUGGGUUCUGCAGUCGUAUCAUUGGGUGAACUAGAACUGAACAGGACUGUCGAGAAGAUUCUAAAACUUGAAGAUCCAAACAGCUUAGAAGAUGACAUGGGUGUGAUAGUACUGGACUUGAGGCUGGUUGUGAAACAGGGGGACAUGAAAAGAAAUAGAUGGGUGAACCGAAGAAAGUGCUCCAUACCAAAGGCCAGCUUCAUGCGAAGCACCCGGCUGGAGGAUUCUUUGCGCAAAAACCAGCUGUGGAAUGGCACGGUCACCAUCGCGCUGCUGGAAGGGAAGAACAUCCCCGCCGGGGGCAUGACGCACACAUUUGUUCUGUUGAAGAUGGGAGAACAGAGGUGUAAGAGCAAGACAGUCUGCAAGAGCGCAAAUCCGCAGUGGAGGGAGCAGUUCGAUUUUCACUACUUCUCUGACAGGAUGGAUGUGUUGGAGAUUGAGAUCUGGGGAAAGGAUAACAAAAAGCAUGAAGAGGUUUUGGGAACGUGUAAAGUUGAUGUCGGUGUGCUGCCUGGCAAGCGAGCCAACCACUUGGAGUUGCCCCUGGAGAGACAGCCAGGGUCCCUGUUGGUGGCCAUCUCGGUUGUGCCCUGCUCGGGGGUUUCGAUCUCUGAUCUGUGUGUCUGCCCGCUGGGAGACCCCAGUGAGAAGGAACAGAUUUCCCGACGCUAUUGUAUAAGGAAUUCACUCCAGAACAUAAAGGAUAUUGGAUUCUUGCAAGUCAAACUUUUAAAAGCUGCCGAUCUGCUAGCUGCAGAUUUUUCAGGCAAAAGUGAUCCCUUCUGUGUACUAGAACUAGGAAAUGGCAGACUUCAGAGUUACACUGUUUACAAAAACCUGAAUCCUGAGUGGAACCAAGCCUUCACCUUCCCUGUUAAAGACAUCCAUGACGUUCUAGAAGUGACAGUGUUUGAUGAAGAUGGAGACAAACCUCCUGAUUUCCUUGGAAAAGUCGCCAUCCCUUUACUAUCUAUUAGAAAUGGGCAGCAAAGUUGCUACACACUAAAGAAUAAAGAUCUGGAACUUCCUUUGAAAGGUGUGAUUCAUCUGGAGCUGGACGUCCUAUUUAAUCCUGUAAAAGCAAGUAUCAGGACCUUCACUCCACGUGAGCGGCGGUUCCUGGAAGACAACCGCAAGUUUUCAAAGAAGAUCUUAUCAAAAAAUGUUGAUCGCGUGAAAAAAAUCACCAUGGCAAUAUGGAACGCAAUACAGUUUCUCCGGAGCUGUUUUCUCUGGGAGUCCCCCGUAAGGAGUGUGAUUGCUUUUGUGGUGUUUGUGAUCACUGUUUGGCAUUUUGAAUUGUACAUGGUGCCCUUGGCAUUGUUGUUGCUUUUCGCUUACAACUUCUCCCUGCUCACUCCAGAGAAAGUCGCCAGCAUGCAAGACCCCCAGGACUGCAUUGUCGUGGAGGAUGAUGAAGAUGAAGAUGACAAAGAAUCUGAAAAAAAGGGCUUAAUAGAAAGAAUCCACAUGGUCCAAGACAUUGUCAUAACAGUCCAAACUGUCCUGGAAGAAAUUGCGUCUUUUGCAGAGAGGAUAAAAAACACGUUCAACUGGACGGUUCCUUUCCUCUCUGUCUUGGCCUGCUUAGUGCUUGGCGUAGCAACGAUUGUGCUAUAUUACAUACCACUAAGGUGCAUCAUUUUAAUAUGGGGCAUAAAUAAAUUUACAAAGAAGCUUAGAAAUCCAUAUGCCAUUGACAAUAAUGAGUUGCUGGAUUUCCUCUCCAGGGUACCAUCUGAUGUUCAAAGGGUGCAAUAUGCUGAACUGAAAGUGUGCGGCAGUUCCAGCCCUGUUAGGAAGAAACGGAGUGCUCUCUAGGACACGGCGCUCGGAAUGUGGCACCCCUCUCCUUUAUCCCCGCACCCCCGGGGUCUCCCACACCCCCUUCGGAUCAAGUCAGCGCUGUUCUCACUGCCUCACAUCCCAGAUAUUUCCUCUGGAAGACACACACACACAUACACACACACGCGUGCGCGCGUGUGUGUGUGUGUGUGUGUGUAAGAGACCUUCCCAGUAUGUUUGGUUGUUUCUCCAAGUGCACUGAUUUUCUCCAGCAAGAAGAGAAUCCAAACUCAAAUUGCCGGAAGGGCAAAGGAGACCAAACUGCAUGGGUGACUUCCUUUUGUUUAAUAUAAAAGAAAAGACCUUUUUUCCAAUACAGCGAAUCAGCAAAGCUGAUGGAUACAAGGCAUUCUGGAAUUUUUAUUUUUUGUAAACCUAUCUCCCAGAUUUGUAUCAAGAUAAAAAAGGUGAUUCAUUUCUUGUGCAAAGUUACCAUGUGUGGAUGGUUUUAUGCCUUGAAUUAAUGAAUCCUUGAUACCUAUCUGCAGCUUUAAGCAAUUCAUAGUUUACAGUUUUGUUUUAUCGUAACUACAAGACAAUUGUAAGUCCUCGAUUUUUCAUGCUGCAGUUGCUGCUGACACUGCCAGUAACGGCGAGAGACUGGAGCAGCUCUGCCUGGAAGGAGUCGGUUGCUGGCAACGGGCGUCCCUUAAGCUGGCCCCAGACAAAAAUGCAAGGACCAAAUCUUCCACUAGACCUCGACGGCUCUGUUCCUGUUCCGCCCUUUAGGAUUUCAUGCAAACACUUCAUAUGCAAAAUACUUUCUCUGACCUUCUAGAGACAGACGUUAAAAGGACAUGUGUAACGAAGAUACCUGUGCUUUUUAAACGGGCUCUUCUGGUCUAAUCACGCCGUUCAGGGCACGUGGUGUGUUGCGCUUUACUUGGACUUGGGGCAGCAAAAGGCGGGUGUUUUGCUGCGAUUAUCCAUGCUACUGAAAAGUACAUCUCUGACCACUGAGGAGUGAAGUUGAUGGUUGAAGCACUAAUUAUAAGCCCAAACUCACUGAAUGCUUCAGUUAUUCCCUUAAGCCACAGGUUGGUUUAAAGCACCCUUGUCCAACUUUAGCCCUUAGAUGCUGUUGGACUAUAUUGCAUGUAAUUCCCUUGAAUAUUGCCCCUGCUGGCUGGGGAUAAUGGGAAGUGUAAUCCAAGAUACAGGGACCUGAUGUUGGGAACCAACUAGAGGCACCAUUCUUGCUGUGGGCAGGAAGGUUGUUUUUGAUCCUAAGGAUUCAAUUCCCAGGCAAGUCAAUUUUGCAAGGGGGCAUGGGAGGUGGGAACACCUUAAAAGUAGCAAUUUCAGAGAUGGCAUUUGGGAAGCCCCUAUAGGGAACAGAUCAAUAGACUGUAUUGCUCUUUUGUUUAUAGGCCUUGGGUUUCUAUGAAGCAGCAAAGUGAUCCAGGGAGGGGGACUUCCCAUUGAGAUAAAGACGCAGAUGGUCCUGGCAAUUUAAUAUCAGAUGCCGAUGAUCCAACUAUCUAAAGUUAUUAAUCACCUUCUUAGAUUUGAAGACACACGGACGGUUUUGUGCAUGCAAAGAUAACAGGCUUUAAAUCCAUAUUUGAGUGGGGAUUUCCUUCCAGGGGUCACUAUCCUGGAAUUCUGCACUCUUUGGGUCUUGCAAAAUACCAUGUCACACAAAUGGAAUGGGAAAUUCAUAUUGCAUCACUUAUUUGGGAUCUGCUUGUGUUCUGUCAGAUGUAAGCUACUUUAAGAAGUUUUUGGAAUGAACUGAAAGUUUGGUUUAUGGGAGAUUUUAAUUUUAUAAAAAAUAUAGUUUGAUGACCCAAUGAA